CAGUUUCAUGCAGAAAAUCCUCUAUGGGGGGAGGUACACAGUGAAGUGGAUGGGAAUUCUCCUCGGCGAGUUCACACUUUCCGGUCCCUUCUACCACGGAAUCGAUUUGGUCGACCCCUACAACUUGACGAGUGCUAUGCGGACGAACACCAAGCACAUGCCGUACAGCUACAACACGAGAGUGUCGACGCUUUUGGACGAUCAGGAAGUGUUAGUGUUACCUGGUGUCCCGUAUCGGUUAGUGUUGCACGGCACCAAUCUGCG